UAUCUCCUUCUUCCUUUCCAUUCUGCAUCACAACUUUUCUCUCCAACAACAACAAAAAUAAAAAUGACAAUACCAACAAUGAACUCAUUUUCAUUUGGUACCAACAAACAAUCCCCAGCAAAGACUUUUACAAGCCAUGGCCCAUUCGCUAUCCCCUGCGCCAACCCCUGCAAUACCCAUUUCAGCAAAAUCCGAUGCCAUUGCGCCCUUUUCUUCCUCGUUAGGGUUUCAAAGGUUCCGGGCUUGCCAAUCGAAGUCCAAGGACGUUUCCAAUCAUAACAAGCCAAUUGUCCCUCGAAGGAUUAUAUCGUUGGCCUUGACGGCUGCACUAGUGGGCUUGAAUCUCGGCGGCGAUGCAAAUGCCGCCCGGAGGCCUCCGCCGCCGCCACCUGAGGAGAAGAAGGAUCCAAAUGUGAGUGGAGUUCAGGCAAAAGUACUGGCUAGCAAGAAGAGAAAGGAAGCCAUGAAAGCAUUCAUGGCCAAGCUCAGGGAGAAAGGAAAGCCUGUAUUAAACGACGCCGUAAAGCAAGACCAGUCGGCUGACUAGUUAAAUGGUUGUGUGUGUAUGAAUGGACGUAUGCUUGUAUUUUUUAAAAAAA